UGUUCUAAACGUGUGCCGCAUUUAACCUCAAAAUGAUAUCAGUAUAUUAAUUAGAGAAGUUAUGAAAAUGAGCAAAAUUGUUUAAAGCUACCAGACAUUAAAUACUAAAACGUUUAUGUAUUAGAGAUGAUGUUAUACAAAAAUAAAUAUGUUGGAAUUCUUAUGAGUCCUGAAAUAAUUUGCAUAUCAAAAUUGUACAAUCAUUUUAUCAGAUUAGGAAUGUGAUACUAAAUAUAAACAUUACUGUGGAAGAAAGGAAGAUAAUUUUUUCAUAGACGAAAAUAAUUUCUUAUUAAGGAGGACAUUUCUUUUCAGCGUCAUCAAAGGAAUAACCUCUUCUGUGUUUAAAUUUCAUAUUCUUAAUAUAUUUUUAUGACAAGUCUAAAUCAAAAAUGGAUUUUCUCGAAGAAAAUUCUGAGAACGCGGCAAAGAAGAUGACAGACGAGAAAGUAACAGACGAGAAAGUUACAAACGAGAAAGUUACAAACGAAAAAGUAAAAAAGAAAGUUGUUAUUGAUGAUAAUGACAAAAUUAGAACGAUAGAAUCACAGAAAAGCAAAGAGAAAGGACAGUUUCGACAAAACUUCGAAGCAACGGAAUGGCCAUGGCGGCUAUCUGUUACAUGUUUUCUGAUUGGUUUUCUGUUUCAAGUGUUAUCUUACGGGACACCUUAUUGGUUAGCCGUUGAGGAUGGUACUGGAAACGAUGUGAUGCAUAUCGGAAUUUGGAGUGCCUGUUUUUCUAUUUCAAAUUGUACUUUUCGUAAUGAAACUUCAGAUUGCGUGAAUUCUGUUCGAGUAUUUGGUGGUUUCGGUGUGGUUUGUGGUCUAGUGGUAACCAUUCUACUUGUAAUCCAUGUUAAACAACCUGACAACAGACGAUGUCUGGCUCUUUCAUGCGUUACCCUUUGUUUUAUUUCAGCUUUGACUACACAGAUGUCAACAGCUAUAUUUGGCAGAACAGUGGGCUGCUUUUUUGCCGACGAUUUAGCGUUAACGUCUGAACCUCGCUGGACCUGGUCGCUGGCGUUAGCCUUCACUUCUAUUAUCCUUACAGUUGCUUCCGGUUUAGUGUUUCUAAUUUUAGAACUACGACACAUUUCCCGCCAAAAUAAGAGACGCCGUGCUUGGAACCGAAGAGGGAUUACCAUUACUUAAGCUCAUGCUAGAUGUAAAUAUAUGACUUGUUCAUACUAGUGAAUGUCACUGAAAUCAGUAUGUUUUUAAACAGUGAACAUUUUAUCCACAGUGAAAAAAUACAAGAAAUACACCUGAGUAAAGAAUCGACCGUGUAUCCAUGGGAUAAGGCCUACAUGAAGUAUACUAGUACACAUACUGAAUGGCUUGACGGUCAAUAUUCAAAACUAUUUGCCUGGACUUCGGAAUUUUUGGUUAAAGUUUCUGUAUAUAUACUAGUAUAAGGCGAUAUCUUAGUACCAUGGGUUGCAUAUUUGCACAUAGUGAUACUCUGACAUGUAUUACACAGGUUCAAUAACUAGUUGCUUUUUUUAAACAAAAUUGUGUCCCAUUUUCGACAUUUAUUUUCGUUCAUAUAACUUUCUUUAGUGACAAGGCUGUUGAAUAGUCAAGGCUGAAUAUGUAUUGAUUGUACAUUCAAUUUGAUUAAAGAAAUUUUGAAAAGUAUGUUUUCUACGUUUAACUUUUCCUCUUUCAUAUUCGGUUACCCAUGCCUUUUUAAUAAUACAUAUAAUCCUCAAUUUUAUCACUAUUUUAUGCUACAUCUUAGCAUCACUGUUUGAAAUUUUCAUUUGAUUCAAUAUAAAGAUCACUUCGGAAGUUCAUCAGUGCCAAAUGUGUGCUAUUUAUCAAUUUUCAGUUUUGACAUUAGAAACAAAUAUAAUUAUGUGGAAUUUUGGCAAAUGUAAUGCUGAUUAUUUCUUUAAACCUGACCUCCCGUAAGCCACCAAAGCAAGAUUUAACUUCAUUUUAAAAUUCAUUUGAAUAUGAAUCUACAUCACUGUAAAAAUAUAUCAAUAAAGCGGCUACAAUAAAAAACAAACAUAGAAAAAACAAAAACAAAAAACAUGCAGCGUUUGUUUAAUGUUAAUUUAUUAUUCAAAAUCAAAACGACAUAAUUACUAUAUAUAAAAUUAAUAAUAUUUUUAAAGAUUUAUCAAAAAAUGCGCCCCAUGUAUUGCAGCUUUUAACACAUUCGCAUAGUUUAUUUGUAAAGAAAUGAACUGUUUACAUUAAUAAAAAUCAAGAUCUUGUGGAGUACAAUUAUUUCUUUUUUACUGUGCUACAAAUAUGCCCGUUUUUCCCCCCGCCUUUUCCAUUGCGUCCGUUCAUUUUCCACUGCUGCAUGUGCCCGAUUUUUUUUUCACUGCUACAAAUGUCCCGGGUUUUUCACUGCUACAAAUGUUCCUGGGGUUUUCACUGCUUCAAAUGUCCCAGGUUUUUCACUGCUACAAAUGUUUCCGGGAUUUUCACUGCUACAAAUGUCCCGGGUUUUUCACUGCUACAAAUGUCCAGGGUUUUUUACUGCUACAAAUGUCCCGGAUUUUUCACUGCUACAAAUGUUCCUGGGAUUUUCGCUGCUACAAAUAUCCCAGGAUUUUCACUGCUACAAAUGUACUGGGAUUUUCACUGCUACAAAUGUCCACGGUUUUGCCUGCUACAAAUAUUCCUGGGGUUUUUGCUGCUACAAGUGUUUCUGGGAUUUCACUGCUACAAAUGUCCCGGUUUUAUUUCACUGCUACAAAUGUCCCGGGUUUUUCCCUGCUACAAAUAUUCCUGGGAUUUUCACUGCUACUAAUGUCCCGUUUUUUUUUCACUGCUACAAAUGUCCCGGAUUUUUUACUGCUCGUAUGUUUCCGGGAUUUUCACUGAUACAAAUGUCCCGUGUUUAUAUGUUCUAAUACUGUUAUAUAUCUUUAUGUGUUACCUUCUUUAGAUAAUGUUAUUAUUAUUAUAUUAUUAUUAUUAUUAUUAUUAUCACUGUUACAAAUGUUCCUGGAGUUUUCACUGCCACAAAUGUCCCGGUUUUUUCACUGCUACAAAUGUUCCUGGGGUUUUCACUGCUAUAAAUGUUUCCGGGAUUUUCACUGCUACAAAUGCCUCGGGUUUUUCACUGCUACAAAUGUUUCCGGGAUUUUCAUUGCUACAAAUAUCCCGGGUUUUUAACUGCUACAAAUGUCCCGGGUGUUUUACCGCUACAAAUGUCCCAAGUUUUUCUCUGCUAUAUAUGUGUGGGGGUUUUACUGCUACAAAUAUGUCCAUGUUUUUCACUACUACAUUUGUGCCCGUUUUUUCACUGCUACCCGUUGUUAUUACUGUUGCAGAUUAGCCCGGAUUUUUUACUGACAAAAAAUUGCCCGUUUUUCACUUCCGAUAUGCUUGUUUUUCUUUACUGCUUUAAAUGUCCCUGGUUUUUUCAAUGCUACCAAUGUUCUCGUUUUUUUAUUGAUAAAAAUGUUCCCGGGUUUUUCACCUCACAAAUGUGUGUUGUUUUUUUUCACUGCUACAAAUAUUUUCGAGAUUUUUUUCACUGCUACAAAUAUUUCCGAGUUUUUUAAUACUACAGAUGUGCCGGGGUUGCCACAACUACAAAUGUACCCGGUUUUUUACUGCCGUAAAUGUGCCUACAAUUUCAGUGCUACAAAUAUCCCGUUUUUUUUUUCAUUGCUGCAAAUUGGCCCGGGUUUUUCACUGCUACAGUUGUGACUUUGUUUUUCUUUGCUACAAAUAUUUCAGGUUUUUCAUUGCUAAGGAUGUCCCCGGGCUUUUCGCUGCUACAAAUGUCCCCUUUUUCGUUCUUUCACCUUGCAAAUGUGCCCGGGGUUUUAGUGCCGAAAAUGUGUCUGGGGUUUUUACUGCUAUAAAUAUUUCAGGUUUUAUAGUGCUUCAAAUGUUUCUGGG